AUGGAGGAGCUGGUGGGGCUGCGUGAGGGCUCCUUGGGGAGGCCUGUGACUCUGCAGGAGCUGUGGGGCCCGUGUCCACGUGUCCGUCAAGGCAUCCGAUGUGGCCUGGAGUGGCUGAAGCAGAAGCUGUUCCGUGUGGGUGAGGACUGGUACUUCCUGAUGACCCUCGGGGUGCUCAUGGCCCUCAUCAGCUUCGCCAUGAACUUUGCCAUCAGCCGAGUGGUCAGAGCACACAAGUGGCUAUAUGGGGAGCUCGGGGACAGCCACCUGCUCCGGUAUCUUUCCUGGACCGUGUACCCGGUGGCCCUCCUGUCCUUCUCCUCGGGCUUCUCCCAGAGCAUCACGCCCUUCUCUGGAGGCUCUGGAGUCCCCGAGCUGAAGACCAUCUUGGCAGGUGUGGUCUUGGAGGACUACCUGGACAUCAGGAACUUUGGGGCCAAGGUGGUUGGCCUGUCCUGCACACUGGCCUCAGGCAGUACCAUCUUCCUAGGCAAAGUGGGCCCCUUUGUUCACCUGAGUGCGAUGAUUGCUGCCUACCUGGGCCAGGUGCGCACCAGGACCAUCGGGGAAUCUGAGAACAAGAGGAAACAAAAUGAAAUGCUGGUGGCAGGGGCUGCUGUGGGCGUGGCUACAGUCUUUGCAGCCCCAUUUAGCGGCGUCCUAUUCAGCAUUGAGGUCAUGUCCUCCCACUUCACCAUAUGGGAUUACUGGAGGGGCUUCUUCGCUGCCACCUGUGGGGCUUUUGUGUUCCGCCUCCUGGCUGUGUUCAACAGUGAGCAAGAGACCAUCACGUCCAUCUACAAGACCAGCUUCCGUGUGGACGUGCCCUUUGACCUACCUGAGAUCUUCUUCUUUGUGGUCCUAGGGGUCAUUUGUGGUGUCCUGAGUUGUGCUUACCUCUUCUGCCAGCGGACCUUCCUUGGCUUCGUCAAGAACAACUGGUUCACCUCCAAACUGCUGGCCACCAGCAAGCCUGUGUACUCUGCCCUGGCAGCCCUGGUUCUGGCGACCAUCACCUACCCUCCUGGCCUGGGCCGCUUCAUGGCCUCUCGGUUGUCCAUGAAGGAGCAUUUGGACUCGCUGUUUGACAACAACUCGUGGGCACUGAUGUCCCGGAACUCGUCCCCACCCUGGCCAGCCGAGCUCGACCCCCAGAACCUGUGGUUUGAAUGGUAUCACCCGCAGUUCACCAUCUUUGGAACGCUGGCCUUCUUUCUGGUUAUGAAGUUCUGGAUGCUGAUUGUGGCCACCACCAUCCCCAUACCUGCUGGGUACUUCAUGCCCUUAUUCAUCUAUGGGGCAGCCAUCGGGCGCCUCUUGGGGGAGGCUCUCUCUUUCAUCUUCCCUGAGGGCAUCGUGGCUGGAGGUGUGGUCAACCCCAUCAUGCCUGGGGGGUAUGCUCUGGCAGGGGCUGCGGCCUUCUCUGGGGCGGUGACCCACACCAUCUCCACGGCACUGCUGGCCUUUGAGGUGACCGGCCAGAUUGUACACGCACUGCCUGUGCUGAUGGCGGUGCUGGUGGCCAAUGCCAUCACCCAGAGCUGCCAGCCCUCUUUCUAUGAUGGUACCAUCAUUGUCAAGAAACUGCCCUACCUGCCAUGGAUUCGGGGUCGCAAGAUCGGCUCCCACCCUGUGACUGUGGGGCACUUCAUGAACUCCACCAUCACCACGCUGGCCAAGGACACCCCGCUGGAGCAGGUGGUCAAGGUCGUGACCUCCACUGAUGUGGCCCAGUACCCCCUGGUGGAGAGCACAGAGUCUCAGAUCCUAGUGGGCACCGUGGGAAGAGCCCAGCUGGUGCAGGCCCUCCAGGCUGAGCCCGCUUGCUGGGCUGCAGGUCAACAGCGCUGUCUCCAGGACAUCUUGGCUGGGGGCUAUCUCAUGGAGCCAGUGACCCUGCAGCUGUCCCCAGAGACCUCCUUGCACCAGACACACAACCUGUUUGAGCUGUUGAACCUUCAGUUGCUCUUCGUGACGUCGCGGGGCAGAGCUGUGGGCUUUGUGUCCUGGGUGGAGCUGGAGAAGGCAAUUUCCACCCUGACCGAUCCACCGGCCUCAAAGUGAGCCAGGCUGGUCAGCCGGAGCAGGGCACCCAGAUGCCUGGUGCCUGAGAUUGGGCAGAAACCCCACCUCUCUUCCCAUCACUACCCAGUCCCCUCCAGCAGCUCAACUCCAUGGCAGAGCAGGCAAGUCUCUAGCCUGGGAGAGGUUCCACUACGGGAGAUGACAGCUCCUAGCUGGAAGGACAAAUCCCACCGUGGAUGGAGCAGAGUGUGAGAUGGCAGAGAACUCAUGGGGGGUUGGUGCUCAGUGAGUGAUGAGCAAUUCAUGGUGAAGACUGGUGUGCACCAUCACCAAGGGUGGCCCUUGUGCCUUCCUGUGGUUGUCUGUUCUCAACCA